UCAUUUCAUCUGGUGGUUUCUGUGAUUGGACUUUGUUUUCAUGAUUAUUCAGUGUUAAGGGUGAUUGGAUUGUUUUUACAAACAUUCAUGUUAGGCUCUUAAUUCGUCUUACACUUGAUUAUACUUAGAAAGUUCUAUCUCAUCAGCCGAUUGAAUAUAAUAAUGUCCUUUUGAUCAAGUUUCGAGAUGGUUGCAGUUCUAUAGAUUUGUUUUGCAUCCAUGCUUUUCCUGCUGCAUGCCAAUAUUAAUGACUGGUUUAGACUAUUUGCUUUUGUGGGUUUGGUGGAGGAAAUACACGUGGCUUUACUAAUGCUGUUGGCUGCUUCAUUCUACCUCCACUAGUGGAAAAUUUGCAUGCGUGCCCAUCUUCCUCAAGCUUGAUGUGGAAUACCACUUAUGGUUUUUUUAGCUGGGAGUUUUCUUUUGGGUCUCAUGCAAUGCUUCUGAAUAUUCUGCUUUACCACUUGGAAUUUGUAGUAGAAAUCAGCUAAUCAGUAAUCUUAAAAGCCAGCCAAAAGACAAGUGCUUUGUUGAGGAUUUUCUUCAAAUUUGAGACGCAUAGAUAAACUAGAUGGCUGUACGAAUUCAGAACUUGCCCAAGAAAAAUUUUGGUCAAGCCAACUUCAGUUUUAGUUGCCCAUCAUGGUGGACUUCAAAUGAACAGCAACAGUCAUUAUCCAAGAAUAUAAGCUUUAAAGUGGAAUCUCCAACCCAACUUUAUCACAAAGCAAAUCAUUUAGGUCUUCAGCUCUUGGACCAAGAAUCAUCUUCAAUUCGAUCAAUUGGUCAAUCUCACAAUGAAGUGGGCACUGGGGGGGAGGCCAAUUCACAAGAUCAAUGCAUUUCAUCUGAAUCUGGUCAAGAUGAGGGUUGUGGGAAAGGUGCCGAAGGCAGGAUGAAGCCAGUUUUCUUGUUUAGUACUCCAGAAAUUGCACUUGAUCCUUCACAGACUGACAAUAGUCACUCAAUGCUUCAGGCUCGAGCUCCAUUUCCCCAUGCAGAUAAUUACGUAGGUGGACUAUUUACCCCAUAUGGACGGCAGGACAUUCUGGGUUCUCAGAUGGUGGGGAUGACAACGACACGGGUCGCUUUGCCCCUUGAUCUAGCUGAUGAUGGGCCCAUUUAUGUUAAUGCAAAACAGUACCAUGGAAUUCUCAGGAGGAGACAAUCACGUGCAAAGCUAGAGGCUCAGAACAAACUUGUCAAAAGUCGAAAGCCAUAUCUUCACGAGUCUCGGCAUCUGCACGCAUUAAAUAGGGUUAGGGGAUCUGGUGGACGCUUUCUUAGCACAAAAAAGCUCCAACAGUCUGAUCCAACUUCCUCCAGUAACAGGCAUGUCAUCUUGGACACCAUUCAGCUGCAUCAAAAUAAUGAGACAACAGAACAUGGAAGUUUCUAUUCAAGAACCAGCCAAUCUGGUAAUUCAAACACAACCUCCUCUGGUAUGACCAGUGUCUCUAACGAUGAAUCCAUUUUUAGGCAGUCAGAUCACCGUUUCGCAAGCCUAGCUGCACAUAUCGGUGGUAGCAUCCAAAGCAGUGGGGGUCUUAUGUGCAGUGGAACUUAGAACUAUGCUUCCAGUUGUCCGGAUACCAUUCCGGGCGGGCAAUUCAUCCUUGGCUUUGUCUAUUUCUUGCUAUUAUAAGCUAUCACGUUUUGUUAUGAAAUAAGCUUCUGACUUAACUGUGGUGUUUGCUUUUACGAGUCUCAUGUUUGUGUUUAACGUUACUGAAAAAAGUUUGCUUUUGGGAUUUUGCAUUGUUGGUGUUCAUCCAUUACUUAGCUUACUUCAUGUGAUGGCCAGAGAUGUGAGGUUUGGAAUUCGAACUCAGUAGAAACUAAUUAUAAAUGAAACGUUUGUUUGUUAUUUUGA